UUCCAUUCCCCCAACCAGGUGUCGCACGGCCCAGGGUCUUCAAAUUCAGAGCCAUUUAUCUUCUAUAUGUGAGUCAAUCUCUAAAGCAAGUGUUCUUGCAAUUUUAUCUGCUUCGCUUGUAUGUGCUUCUGAUCCUGCUCUUGCAUUCAAGGGUGGAGGCCCCUAUGGUGCUGAAGUGACCAGAGGACAAGAUCUUACUGGAAAAGAUUUUAGUGGCCAGACUUUAAUCAAGCAAGAUUUCAAGACGUCAAUACUAAGGCAAGCCAACUUCAAAGGUGCCAAGUUAUUAGGGGCCAGCUUCUUUGAUGCUGAUUUAACAGGAGCCGAUCUUUCUGAUGCUGAUCUUAGAGUUGCAGAUUUCUCCCUGGCUAAUGUAACAAAGGCAAAUUUGAGCAAUGCUAACCUCGAAGGAGCACUUGCAACAGGGAAUACAUCUUUCAAGGGUUCAAACAUCACUGGUGCAGACUUCACAGAUGUUCCAUUGAGAGAUGACCAACGGGAGUACCUCUGUAAAGUUGCUACCGGGGUGAACCCGGUAACUGGUAAUGAAACAAGAGAGACAUUGCUUUGCAAGUAACACAUCGUUUUGGGAGUAUACUGGUGUAUAAAUUCCUCGGAGAGCUGUCAGUGUCGAGCACCCCACGACAUUUUAAUCAGAUAAUCUUGCCGUGUGAUUGUGAAUAGUUUAAAGUUGUUGUUGAGACCUUUCUGAAUGAAGUUUUCAGUAUUCUCCGGAGAGAUGCCGUUAUCCUGCUCAAAUGUGGUGGCAUAGAAUUGAAUUCUGAGAGACUACGACGAAACGUGAAAUAUCUCUUCAAACAUUAGCUAGUUUUUCUACUAUUAAUAAAGUAGGUGUUUACUGUUUUUUCU